GGGGGGGGGGGGGGCAGCUCAGACCACAGGAACAAAGACAGAGACAUGAAGAGGGAUGACUCCUGAGCAGCGCAACUCGAUGAAAUCUCAACACAACAGGCACGCUAAACUAUAACCAGAGAAAACCAGCACUAACCCACGACUGGUGUCAAAGCAGGGAGGCCUGGAGGGAGCCCCAGUAGUUGUCCAUCAAUCCAUCCAUCCAGCCGGCAGCAAUGCAGGGGCUGAUCUGGAGCCUGUGCGCCUUGCUCUGCCUCUCUCUGUGGGAGGAAUGUUACUGCCGGAGCUCAAGGGAAGCCUGGAGAACCAAAGAGCUCUCCCUCCAGAGGAGUAAAAGAGCUGCUCAGGACCUGGAUGCUAAAAAGUGUUCCUAUACUUUCCUGGUGCCGGAGCAGAGAAUCACAGGUCCGAUCUGUGCCAGCACCACUGGCCCUGAGCCAGACAAAGACAGAGUGACCCGUAUGGACAUCUCAGAUGUGCGGGAGGUUCUUAACAAACAGCGGCGCGAGAUUGAGACGCUGCAGCUGGUGGUAGAGGUAGACGGUAAUUUAGUGACUGAGAUGAAGCUGUUGCGGAAAGAGAGCCGCAACAUGAACUCCAGGGUCACCCAGCUCUACAUGCAGCUGCUGCAUGAGAUCAUCAGGAAAAGGGACAAUUCUUUAGAGUUGGCCCAGCUGGAGAACCGCGUCCUGAACGUGACCUCGGAGAUGAUGCGACUGGGUUCGCGGUACAAAGAGCUGGAGGCCCGGUUCGCCACGAUGGCCGGGGUGGUCAACAACCAGUCUAUACUCAUCGCUGCGCUAGAGGACCAAUGCAUGAGGACGCUGGGACGGAGUGAGCUGCCCCCAGUUCCUCCGCUGGUGCAGGUGGUGCCGGAGAACAUACCCAUUGAUAACCGCUUCACCAAUGAGAUCGUGAGGAACAAUCGGGCCUUCCUCAGAGACUCACGCAUGGAGGCACCUACUGCUAGUCCCUUUGGGAUUGAUCAUCCACCACCCCAAGGGACAAUCACCUCUGAUGGGCCUUUCAAGGACUGUUUCCAUGUGCGACGGGCAGGUCAUUCUAACAAUGGUAUGUAUCUGCUCAAGACUGACAACAGUGACUACCUGAUCCAAGCCUGGUGUGAACAUAGCCUCGACAACGGGGGUUGGACGGUGUUACAAAAGAGGAAAGAUGGCUCUGUCAACUUCUUUCGGAAUUGGGAAAACUACAAGAAAGGGUUUGGCAACAUAGAUGGUGAACACUGGCUUGGGUUAGACAAUAUCUUCAACUUAGCGAAACAAGGUGACUACAAGCUGAUGAUAGAGCUGGAAGACUGGACACGGAAGAAGGUGUAUGCCGAGUACAGCAGCUUCUACCUGGAGCCAGAGAGCGAAGGUUACAAGCUGAGGCUUGGGACUUACCAAGGAAAUGCUGGGGACUCCUUCAGCAGCAACAAUGGCAAACAGUUCACCACACUCGACCGUGACAGGGACGAGUUCUCUGGCAACUGUGCACACUUCCAUAAGGGUGGCUGGUGGUACAACGCUUGUGGUCAGACCAAUCUAAAUGGAGUUUGGUACAGCGGUGGAGUUUACCGCAGCAAAUUUCAGGAUGGGAUCUUCUGGGCGGCCUAUGGAGGGGGCUUUUACUCUCUAAAGUCUGUCCGUCUCAUGAUUCGGCCAAUUGACUGAGACUUGGAACUGUGGUUCAUCCAUGCAAGAUCAUCUUCUACCCGUAAAUAAAUUAUAUAAAAAGGCAGAAUCAGGAAUCUCUGCCAUCAUAUAACAGAGCCAUGUAAAAGACAGUUGAGAGACAUCGGUCUAUUGCCAGACAAAAACAACUCCAACAGACAGCUAAAAUGAAGACGGAUCAGCUUUCCUUCCUUAAGUAAUUGCUCUCCUAUGAGGUCAAACAGUAAUAGGCCAUCAGUCUCCCUGAGGCUGCUCAGUAUAACUCUAAUGCAUCUUACUUGAUUCUGUCUUUUUGAGACUGAGUAUGUAAUAAAGGAAAAUGGUCAUUUACUACAGACAUGAGAUUUCUCUUGAGCAGCUAAUGAUGACUUAUUGAAAGUAGUGCUUCUUAAAUCAAGUGGCACCGGAUAUUUGUAUAACACAGUGCUAAUAAGCAAUGACAACUGAUACUAUUUUAAUUUGAAAUUUGAAAAUCUAACAACGGAGGACUGAUUUUGCCAAAUUGUUUGUGGGAUUAUCUGUUUUUUAGAGUAUCCAAAAGAAAGUGAAGUCAGCGAUAUGUGUGCUUGUCGAUUGUGCAUACGGCUGAGCUGGCUAUAGUAUGUAAAUAUUGUUGGCUUUAACUGUUUAAUUUAAAAAAAAAAAGGUAUGAUUCGAUUCAGGCCUUCACAGUGUUACCGCUUUGCCUUUCUUUGUUGUUAUUUAUCAGUGUAUUUAUAGUAACUGUAGUCAUUCCUGAUAAAUGUUUUUAUCCCAUACAGAGGUGCAUUAGAAACCUCUGAACAGAUGUACACAGCGGAAAAAAAAGAGCACGACUUGUUGACGAGUGGAUGGGAAACAUAUGAGGUGAACUUAUAGCCAUCCUAGAAAAAAUAAAACAUUUAAAACAAA